UAUCCGCCCGUUGAUAGUUAUACCGGUUAUCGGGUAACUCCACCCCAAAGCAGCAGCAACAACAACAACAUUAGUGGUGGUAGCAACAACAACAACAAUAAUAAUAACAACAACAACAUCAACAGCAGCAGCGUUAGCAGCAGCAGCAGCAGCAACAACCACCACAUCCACAGAAUGGACACCGAUGAUGUCGAGUCGAACACGAGCAGCGCCAUCACCACAUUGGGCACCCUCUUCUCAUUCCAAUCGCCGGCCGUCAAAAAGUUGCUGGGCUGGAAACAGGGCGACGAGGAGGAGAAAUGGGCCGAGAAGGCCGUCGACAGUUUGGUUAAGAAGCUCAAGAAGCGCAAAGGUGCCAUCGAGGAACUAGAACGUGCCCUAUCCUGCCCCGGUCAGCCAUCCAAGUGUGUGACCAUACCACGAUCGCUAGACGGACGAUUACAGGUAUCUCAUCGCAAAGGUCUGCCGCAUGUGAUUUAUUGCCGCGUCUGGCGCUGGCCGGAUCUACAGUCGCAUCACGAACUGAAACCGCUCGAAUUAUGCCAAUAUCCGUUCAGCGCCAAACAGAAGGAGGUCUGCAUCAAUCCGUAUCACUACAAGCGCGUGGAGAGUCCAGUAUUGCCACCAGUGUUAGUGCCGCGUCACUCGGAAUUCGCGCCGGGCCACUCGAUGCUGCAGUUCAAUCAGAUGGCCGAGCCGAGUAUGCCGCACAAUGUCAGCUACUCGAACAGUGGCUUCAAUUCGCAUAGUCUCAGCAACAGCAACACAUCGGUGGGCAGCCCCAGUUCCGUGAACUCGAAUCCGAAUUCGCCGUACGAUAGCUUGGCUGGUACACCGCCGCCCGCUUACAGUCCCUCAGAGGAUGGCAACUCCAACAAUCCGAACGAUGGCACACAAAUGCUCGACGCCCAGAUGGGCGAUGUGGCUCAGGUUAGCUACUCGGAGCCGGCCUUCUGGGCAUCCAUUGCCUACUAUGAGCUCAAUUGCCGUGUCGGCGAGGUGUUCCACUGCAAUAACAAUUCGGUCAUUGUCGAUGGCUUUACGAAUCCAUCAAACAACUCCGAUCGCUGCUGCCUCGGCCAGCUGAGCAAUGUAAAUCGCAACAGUACCAUAGAGAACACACGCCGUCACAUAGGUAAAGGCGUUCAUCUGUACUACGUUACCGGCGAGGUCUAUGCCGAAUGCUUGUCCGAUUCAGCGAUAUUCGUGCAGUCGCGCAACUGCAACUAUCAUCACGGCUUCCAUCCGAGCACCGUUUGCAAAAUACCGCCAGGUUGUUCAUUGAAGAUCUUCAACAAUCAGGAAUUUGCUCAACUGCUAUCGCAAUCGGUCAACAAUGGAUUUGAGGCCGUUUACGAGCUGACGAAAAUGUGCACGAUCCGCAUGUCGUUCGUGAAGGGCUGGGGCGCUGAAUACCAUCGGCAGGAUGUCACGUCAACGCCCUGUUGGAUCGAGAUACAUUUGCAUGGGCCGCUGCAGUGGCUGGACAAGGUGCUCACACAGAUGGGGUCGCCGCAUAAUGCAAUUAGUUCCGUAUCCUAAAGACAAAAUCGGGGAAAUUAUAU